AUGCCGCGCGUCUUGUACAAGGACUUGAUGGCCCAGGCUUCCUCAUCACUCGGACAGGCCUUCAGCCACGUGGAUUUGGAUGCCGCCUUCGGAGCGGGUACUCAAGAUCUUGUGGAUGCCACCUUCGAGGAGUUUGGUGGGAGCAAAGUCAAGGAUGAAUGUGAUGCGCUAUGCCAUUGUUUGUGCUGUCUUUGCCUUUUGUGCUCUCAGAUGGAUUGCCGGGGCUGCGAUGAUUGCUUCCGCCGUCGACGGAGAUAUUCCUCCUGGGUGGAAAUGCCUCAGCAGCAAGUCAUGGAGUCCAUGGAGAAGCCGGACAAGCCCAGUCUUCUCGAGCGCAUCGCCAGCCUCACCUCGGAGGAUCUCGGUGCCGUGGUGCGUGGAGCAUCAGGCAGCCGCGACUGGACUUUGCAGGUCAGGAUUCGUGGAGUUACGUCCUCCACAACAUGUACAACCAAGAUCCGGCGGUGA